ACUUUUCCAUACCUGUUUUCUUACUUUUUAUCUCUUUUUAUAUCCUUACAGCAUGAGAUCAUCAACAUUCUUUUAUAUUUCAUGUGUUGUAGCCACCUUAUUUAUCAAUAAAGCAAGCACAAAAUCUUUGGAUUUAAGCGAGUAUGGACUCUGCGGUGUGCAGGGGGAUUCCUCUGAUUGUGCUUUUGCAUGUCAAGAAAUGGUUCAAGGCCGAGGCAACUGUAUUUUCGAUAAAUGUUAUUGUACAGAAAAAGCAGAGAUUGGACAGUGUGAAGAUGACGAUCAUGAAACCUGCGAUGCUCUCUGUCAAGACAUGUCCUCAACCAUGAUUGGUUUUUGUAUGGAUGGUCAGUGUAACUGCAUCACCUAAGCAGAACACCCGUACGUUGUACUACAAUCACCUUCCUUUGAUACCUGAACACCCUUCCUUUCACUACUACUUAAUUUUAUGGAUAUCUCUAAUACAACAAAUAACUCAACCUUUUGUACAUAAGAAAACGCACAGAGUUAUAUAAUACAAUUCCCCAUUCCCUUCCCUUCUGAAAUUUAAUAGCAACACCAUUAAUUUACGCUCCUCCCUCACAAUCGCUCUUUUUUUUUUUAUAUUAAUAAUAAUUUAUAAUGAAAUUUAAUUUUCAUUGUCAACCAUGUAUGACCCUAUGCUAUUUUCUUAAUUGCCUCUUUUCUAAAAAUUGAUAAUCAUCCUUUGCCUAUUUCAGACUAGUCAAAUGGUACAAACUGAUCCCCUGUCGAUCAGUUUUAAAAAAUAAC